AUGCAAACUGAAUUUGAUGUUAAUAUUUUGGAACCUGCUUCCAAGGCUUUUAUUCAAGCUGUUCGAUCGAUGAAAGGCGAUAAUGGAAAAAAAGAUUUUGAUAAGGAAGCAGUCGAUUAUAUGAUUAAUGCUCCUUUAAGUAAAAAUCUUUGUAGGCCUGCCGUUACUAUUGAACAUAUUCAAAUUCCUUUACGACAAGAAGAAGGUGAUGGUCAUAUGAUUAAUGUGGACGUAUAUAGGCCUCAAGAAGCUAAGGGCAUAUUGUCUGCCUUUGUAUUUCUCCAUGGAGGUGGGUGGACUCUGCCUGUACAGAAUGGUCAUAUUUAUUUAGCUGAAAAGAUAUCAGCUGAAGCUAAUUGUGCUGUCCUUUUAGUACAUUAUACCUGUGGUCUUACAGUACCACAUUCUAAAGCAUUAGAUGAGUGUUAUUCUGUUGUAGCCUAUGCUACUAGCACUGAAGGUGCUAAAAAACUUUUUAUUAAUCCCGCAAAUGUUGCUAUAGGUGGUGACUCUGCUGGUGGUAACAUGGCUGCAUGUAUUGCCUUGCUUGCAAAAGAAAAGAAACCUUUAGGAAAUCCUUUAAAGCUCCAAGUUUUGUAUUAUCCUAACACAACCGAUUCUAUAAAAACAAGCAAGUCAUAUCAAGAAUAUGGUUAUGGCAACAUACUCAAUAUAGCAGAUGUAGAAAAUACAUUCAAAUUACAUUUCACAGAAGAAGAUAAGAAUAAUCCAUAUGUUUUCCCAUUAAAAGCAACAACUGAGCAAAUCUCUGGAAUAGCACCUGCACUUCUCAUUACUUGUGAAGCUGAUGUAUUACGAGAUGAAGGUGAAUUGUAUGGUCGAAAGUUAUUGGAAGCUGGUGUACCUGUUAAUGUAGUACGUAUUUGUGGCGUAAUUCAUACAUUCUUAUCACUUGCUCCUCUUUAUUCUGAAGCAACUGAAAAUGUAUUGGAUAUGACUACAGGUGCUCUUCGUAGAGCAUUUUCUAAAAAAAAUUAA